AUGUCCACAAACCCGAAUGACGCUAGUGAGGAGAGUCAGAGAAGUAAUUGGAAAGUUUUGGAUGCAUACUUGGGUUCAGUUUUUCAAAAUGCUGACAGCACGAACUUCGAAUCCUCUUUAUCAGACUUAAUGGAGGUGAACAUCAUCUUGACAAAGAACCUUAUAGUCUACCAUUUAUUAAGGUGCCAAAAGCUAAAAUGUGAUGCAGCAACAUAUGGGCUACUCGCUGCAAAGCUUAACUCUUUGUUCCCGGAUAUUGGUGGAAUAUUAGUGAAGGAAGGAACUGCCCAAUUUAUUGAGGCAUACAAUAGGCAAGAUAGAAGGGCAGCUGUUGCGAUAUUAUCUCUUUUAACCCAUUUAUUCAAUUAUGAAGUUGUUCAUGAGAUUGUUAUUUUGCAGUUAAUGCAUUUACUAUUGGAAAAUUGUGACAACUUCUCAAUAAGUUUAGUUGUCAACUUGCUGAGAGAUGGUGGAAAACAUUUGAUGGAGGUUAGCAACACAGCCCACAAUAUGGUAUAUGAAAAACUCCGAGAGCUUUUGCAAGCGGGAUUGCUCUCUAGUUCCACAGCCAAGGCUGUCGAGGAGCUUUUUGACAUAAGACGGUCAAAUUACGGGGAUGCUCAGAGUAAAAUUUUAGCAGAAGCGCUGGAAGGUGAGAGACACACUCAUACAUUCAUUAUAGAUAAUGAUACAAUCACACCCUCAAAUAACCUGGGUGAAUUUGAAUAUGAGGCAAAUUUCUUGAAGACCGCAGAGUUAUUCGAAGCUCUCAAUGAACGCUUUUUGCUAGAAUCUAAUGAGAAGCUGGCUCCUCAAACGAAUGUGCUGCUUGCUAAAGAUAUGACAGGAAAAAAUGAGAUUGAAUUCAAAAAACAAAUAUAUUUGAUAUUGAAAAGCUCUUUAUCGGGCGAUGAAGCUGCGCAUAAAAUACUGAAACUUCGGAUAUCCGACCCAGAAAAGCACAGGGUUGUAGAUGUUAUCAUCAAAUCAAGCAUACAGGAGUCGACAUAUUCGAAAUUUUAUGGUCUCCUUUCCGAGAGAUUGUGUUCUAGUCAUAAAUCAUGGAAGCCUGCCUUUCAAAAGAUUUUCAAGGAAAAUUACGACAAUGCUGAGGAUUUUGAGCCUUUCCAGCUGAGAACAAUGGGAAAAUUUUGGGGGCACAUUAUAGCCUCGGACUAUAUCGGUUUCGAAGUCUUUGAAUGCAUUAAAAUGAGUGAUGAAGAUACCACUGCUCCGGGACGUAUUUUUUUGAAAUUCAUAAUGCAGGAACUUGUGGCCGAGCUGGAAAUCAAAGAGUUGGAAAAUAGGCUUCAGGAGGACUACGUGCAACCAUAUCUGGCUAACAUGUUUCCAAUGAGCGACCCUGAAAAGAUGCGAUAUUCGAUCAACUACUUUACUGCAAUAGGUCUUGGUACUCUGACGCAAAAAAUGAGAGGUCAAUUAGAGAUCGUCAACCAAUCAAAAAAAAUUCCAGAUCUUGGGAAGAAUGAAAGUACGACAAAUGGGUUAAGAGAAAGGGAUUUGCAUUUCGCACCAAAGUCAAGAUUUGACAAAAAUCCUACGAUGCCUAACAGGAGUAGAGGCAGGUCCAAAACACCUCCCAGGAGACAACGGAGGGGUUCUCUUACUCCACCUAGAAGAAGGAACCGUUCUAGAAGUCCUGUUACAAGCCGUUUUAGCAAAUAG